UUCAACUGAUCAUAAAUGAGCACACAAUAUAUAGUGUGCUUGUAUUUAUUUAUACUGAAUAAGAAAAUUAAUGUCAGAACCUACAUACAAAAUUUACUAAUUCAAAGUUUUCUUUGUUCACAGACGGAAAGGUCAUUCCAGAAACAGAACAAUGUGUUCUUGAACAAGAAGCAGAGUAUAUUGUCAGGCAAAGGCAAAAAGAACCUGCGAUAUGUCAAGUCUAUUGGUCUAGGAUUCAAAACACCCCGAGAGGCUUUUGAUGGUACAUACAUCGACAAGAAGUGUCCUUUCACUGGCAACGUGAGCAUCAGAGGACGAAUUCUUACCGGGGUGGUCAUGAAGUUGAAGAUGCAGAGGACCAUUGUUAUCCGUAGGGAUUAUCUCCACUAUGUGAAAAAGUACAACAGAUUUGAGAAGCGUCACAAGAACAUGUCUGUUCAUAUCAGCCCAUGUUUCAGGGAUGUUACCCCGGGAGAUGUGGUGACAGUUGGAGAGUGCCGCCCACUCAGCAAGACUGUGCGAUACAAUGUCCUGAAGGUCACCAAGGGGGCUGGCUCAAAGAAAGGCUUCUCCAAAUUCUAAAUGUACUGUCAAUAAAAAAAUUACAAAGAAACCAAA